UUGACCGACGAUACCGAUCUCGCCUCUACGCGAGCCGUCCCGGCCUUCGAUAUGUCGCCCUACACCAGCACCGGCGGUGGGCGAGCCCCCAAUGUCUCUCAGUACCUGAGAGACCUCAACAUCGUCAAGGAACCCAGCGCCGAGGAGCAGUUUACUUUUGAGGAGGACCUUGCCGCUUUCACCAACACCCAAUUCUUCGACUUCGAAACCGGCCAGCAGCAAGACUACCAGGCAGCACCCGCGAAGCCCGAGACCGAGACCCAGGCCCCGUCCAGCGCCGUCACUGAAGACCUGACUUCUCCCCUGGCCGAGUUUGGCGACUUUACUUCCAUUGCAGGCGACUUCAGCUUCCCCGAUUUUACCAGCCACUACCCUGCUUCGGGUGUCCCGUCCUUCGCCGAAGGCCUGGGUAACCUCCAACCUCUUCAACCCAACCCGCAAACCAACUACGCGCCUCCGCCCGUGUCUCAACCGCAAAACCACCACUAUGGCGCCCCUGCACCCCGCCCAGCCGAGAACAGGACUCCGGAGUCGUUGAACGGCAGCAGACUCGAGGAGCAGUCCCGCAUCGCCGCUGAGGAGGACAAGCGCAGAAGAAACACGGCCGCCAGCGCCCGAUUCCGUGUCAAGAAGAAGCAGCGCGAGCAGGCCCUCGAGAAGAGCGCCAAGGAGAUGUCUGACAAGGUUUCCCAGCUCGAGGCGCGUAUCAACCUGCUCGAGACCGAGAACCGUUGGCUCAAGAACCUCGUCAUGGAGAAGAACGAGGGCAACGAAGACGUCGCCACCAUGUUGAAGGAGUUUCAGAACAAGUCAAAGACGGUGACGGAAAUCACGGCAAGCUCGGAGCCCGUCAAGGGCGAGAAGUAA